UAGCCGUUAUCCACAGUCGAUAGCUUACCCAUAAAUAGUCAAGGAGGUCGUUGGCGUUAGUUUCCGUCUUGUCUAACCUCAAUCGAAAUCCAUUCAAAGAGUUGUUAAUUGCUUGAGUGCCACCUUAUUGUUGUCUUUUGCUUCAGUUGCAGCCUUGAAUGUUUGAAAGGCAUCCCUUACUCGAGGAUCAUAACCCUUUUCCUAAGAUAGAAGAGGAAGUUCCGAACGCAUUCACUGACUAAAUGGAGUCCCCAUUCAUGCGCAUUCCAGCCGAAGUGAGGUUGAUGAUCUACUCAUACCUCUUCGAUGCGGGUGAGGCUGGUGAUAGUAUAUGCAAGGACGAAGGAUGCUUGAAAUCAGGCUCAGACAGCACAUCCAGCAAAAAGAGGUCGAAGAUAAUAUCAAUCCGAAAUAGAAAGGAGCCCACCCCGUUGCAGAGUCAGGCACCCGAUAGAGGCUACGAUUUUAAACCGCGUACGCGGUACCAUAUUCUGGAUCGGUCUUUCCGCCGCCGUCGUGUCGAGGUGACAUAUGGGAUGGCGAACAAGGGGGCGUACUUCUGUACAGCGUUGAUGCGAGUCAACCGUGCCGUGUGGGCCGAGACGUCACAUUUGGUUUACGCAAAACACGAGUUUGAUUUCGGCGCUGAUGUCGAAGCCCCCAAGCCAUUCCUCUCGGAUCUCACACCUCAGACGCGUGGGUUGGUGAAGCGGAUCGCAAUCUACAAAAGGGGCCCAUGGCUUUUUGACAGCUGGAAUGAUCGGUGCGAGUGGCAGACUAUGUGCGCUUAUCUCUGCGAAAGCUCGGCCGUAGAGCACCUGCGUCUCAUCGUCCAGGCUGGUCGACUACCAAGCUCUGGAGGGGAGGAGGAAGAGGAGGAGAAGGAGAAGGAAAAGGAGAAGGAGUGGGCCAGCCCGCGUGAGCUCUCUAAAACCGAUGUGGCACUGUUAGUCGAUAUUCGCCAUGAUACGCUUGAUUGGGUCAGCGAUCUCGUGAAUUUGAACAAGCUUCGAGAGGUGGAGGUGGAGGCGGACUUUGGCGAUGUGCCUCGGGCGCAGAAUUCGAACAUGUUUGUUUUCAUGGCAUUUUCGGCGUCCAUCGAAAGGGGUUUCAAGGAGUUCUUAAAGUGGCGACUUGGGUUGAGUUGAGCUAUGAGGACCAUAGUACAAGCUUACUGGCUUCUGAAAUCUGAUAAUGGUAACAUUCAAGGACUGACUGCACCGUUGCUUCUUAGCAGAAAUGGAAGGGUGUCUGUAUUCUGUAUGCGUGCCUAAGAAUGAGUUUGCAUCAUAGGUCCGGACUCUACCUGCCUACAGCACCUAAGGUACGGUACCUAACUUAGGCGCCCAAGUGUCUUAGCAUCACAUACCCCUGCUCUGGAACCAGCCCACCGGGUUCUAGGCGGCCAGGCCCCUGCAUUAGCGCCCGGCAGUAACA